CACUGGAAAAUAAGGUAGAAAUGGGCCAUUUCCCGAUUCUGCUCUUCUUCUUCUCGCUGCAGCCCCCAAAAUCCCCCCUCCAAGCCGCCGGCACCAGCUUUGAAAAAUUGGUGAGAAAGCUUCGAAUUUCUCCUUCCUUUCUUGUUCUAGAACCUGAUUUGGAACCCAGAAUUCUUCCCCCCCUUGCUGGAAAUCCGGAUCUGCUCUGUUCUUCCUUCCUCACCGCCGGCUGCUCCUGCUUUGUGGGGGUGAAUUGCUUUGAAUUUUCGGUAAGAACAGCUACCAAUCCCUCUGUUCUUGCUUGAAUUAACUUGGGUUAACCUUAAUUGCUCUUGUUCCUCCAAUUUUUGGGAAACCCGUGAGUUCCCUGCAGAUUUGCCGCCGGCUUCUUCUUCCCCCUGCAGCUCCGGUUUUGCUUGCUGGAUUCUGGUAUGUGGCAGCUUCUCUAAGUCCUAAUUUACCCCUUUAAUUGUUGAAUUUUGUCCAUGGAUUGGCUGCCCCUGUGAUGUCCGAAAGUUUGCAAAAAUUGGGGAUGAAUUUUGGUAGAUUAAGUUAUGUGUUUAAGCUUGGUUUAAGUGUAAAUUAGCUUGAAUUGGGUUGUUGUGAUUUUGGAGUGAAAUCCCGUAAGAUUAGCUAGUGUUUUGGCCAAUUUGUGGGAGUGGAGUUACUGUUCACGUCGGGUCACUGUUCAUCGUCACUGUUCACCGGUUACUGUUCACCGGUUACUGUUCACACCCCGAGGGCCAACGAUUAACGGGGAUUUAAGUGAUUAGUUUGUGAUAUAAGAACGAAUUUGGAGAUAUUU